UCAGUUUUAUUGUCACUUUUGUUACUGCAUCCGAAGAUAUUGAGAGGUUGAUAGUUAGUUUUAUUGGCAAAAAUUAAAUCAGGAGCAGGUUUUUUCUCAGUGAAAAGGGUAUUAUUCUACUUCAAAAGAAAAAAAAAUAAUUAAUCAAUUUUAAAGCAUCAAAAACCUGGGGUAUUCUAACUAAUAAUGAAUUCUAGAAAAAUACAGGUUAAUUCAGUUACGAGCCUCAGAGAAUUUCAGCAAUAUCUAGUUCAAUGUAACAAUAUAAUAGCAUUAUGUGGUGCAGGAUUGAGUGUUGCCUCUGGUAUUCCAACCUUCAGAGGUUCAAAUGGAUUAUGGAAAGAGUAUUCUCAAAUUGAUCUAGCGACCCCUGAGGCAUUCCAAUCUGAUCCAAGCUUAGUAUGGCAAUUUUAUUCUGCCAGAAGAUAUCAAGCUUUGAAUGCAAAACCCAACAAGGGCCAUUUUUCCUUAGCAGAAUUAUCUCAAAGAUUAAACAAUAAUCAUAAUAAAAAAAAUAUAAAUUUGUAUGAUAACUUGUAUAAUAAAAAAUUUAUAACUUUGACUCAAAAUGUUGAUGCUUUGAGUUUAAGAGCUAACCACGAUCCAAAUACUUUAUUGCAGCUUCAUGGGUCACUAUUUGAUUUAAAAUGCACAGGUUUUUUGUGCAAUUAUCAUGAAGAAAACAGGUUCACCCAUCCCUUAGUGCCUGCAUUAGAAUUGUCUAAUCUAGAUAAAGCGUUUCAUUCAAUAAAUGAAAAACUGAAAAAAAGAAAAAUAGUAUCGGAUAGCCAAAAUAAUAAUAAUGAUAUUGAAUUUGAAGAAGUUGAUGAUCAAAAUGUCCAAUACGAUCCUGUGAAAGAUAUAAAAAUAGAAGAUCUACCUCACUGUCCUAAAUGUAAAAAAAAUUUAUUACGACCUUCAAUUGUCUGGUUUGGUGAAUCCUUACCGUUAAAUGUAAUAGAUAAAGCAGAUAAUUUUAUCGAGGAAAAUAAAAUAGAUUUGAUAUUAGUUAUAGGCACCAGUGGUACUGUAUGGCCUGCAAUGGGUUAUGUUGAACGAGUUAUUAGACAAGGUGGGAAAGUAGCAAUAUUUAAUACUGAAAUUGAUUUAGAAGAAUUGAAAAAAGAUGGCGUGGGUUGGGGAUUUAAAGGCGAUUGUGAAAAACUAUUACCAAAGGCUUUAGAACCAUUAAUUGGCAAGUCUGAAUAUUACUCAACAAGAAAGAACUAUCAUUAAAUUGGAGAAAGAAAGAAAGAAAAAAGAAAAAAGAAAAAAAGAAAAAGGUCUAUAUUUUAUUUAUAAAGUUAUUAUUAUAUAGAAUCAUGUAUCGCUGUAUCAUUGAAUAUCACAAUGUUAAAUAAGACAGUGCAAAAGAUUAUCUCAAGGUCGUCAAAUUUAUAUCGUCAUAGCCUCAAAUUAUCACAACUUAAAAAGCAGAUAUAGCAGAUAUAUAAAUUAUGAUAAAAUAUGAUAAAUAUGGAAAUAUGAUAGUAUGGUGAUAUAAUAAUAAAAUUAACAAAAAAAAAAAAAUAAUAAUAAAAACAACAAUAAAGAAAAGAAAAAAUGGAAUUUAAA